AUUCGAAGCCAUCCCUACUCCAGGAGGCAGGAGUCUGGGUUACACGCAUCUCCAAUCUCUUGGAAGGAAAUACUUGGAUCAUAUCAAGUCAUAUACAAAGAGACCUGCAAGGCUUGGGAGGUGGCUCCUACAAUAAGAGGGAGUGCUGGUAUUAUUUCAUAUAGGAAGGAUUCAUGUCCGGUUAUCCUGGAGCAAAAGUUAUUUUCCAUCAUGGGGUUGGCGAUCAUGACUCUACUGGGCAUCUACAAGGAUGUAAAGAAGGAGCUCUCGGUGAACACAUCAUAUCCUUAAAGAAUAUCUGUAAAGCAACUCAUGAAAUAAGACUGUGCAUCAUCAAGAUCAACUCUCCAAUGACCAAAGAGACAUCUUUUGAAUUGUGGCCUGUUAGCUCCAAAAAAAUGUGCAAUUUACUAAAUAAUCAAUAAUUUCCAUAUAUUGGCAUAAUGACAAAGUGGAUUACCGGGGCUGGCUAUUUUUGGAAUACAGAUAUUUUGAAACUGAUAAAAUCAUGAACUUAUUCUGCAUCUCAGGAACAUGGAAACAGAAAUAUAUGAGUAACAUGGACAUCUUUACGAAACACAGCAGACACAAUUAAUUCGACGUCUCCAUUAUUUUGUACUGGAAUACUACCGCAGUACCACUUGUAUUGACACAAUAGUAUCUCAAGCUAUGACUGAAGUCUAUUUAAAAUUCCGUGGAAACCGAACUAUCUACGUCCAGCAGUUCCCAACAGUGGCCACAGAAGCAACUGCUACCACCACGGAUAAAUACUCCAACCUGUACAUGUAUGUGGGAUUGUUCCUUGGCCUGCUCGCCGUGCUCCUGGUCUUGCUGUUCACAAUGCUCUUACGUCUCAAACACGUAAUCUCUCCCAUUACCACUAACACGGAAAGUACGGACACGCCACAAUUCACUGAUGUGGAAAUGCAAGGGAGGUCGCAAAGUGCCUAAAGGACUUACAGUAAUACAGACAAUCAUGCAUUUGGGCGCUGUUGAUCCUACAACUGCUGCACCGCCCUGCAGGGGCUUAGCAAAUGCCUCUGUGUUGGACAGAAAUAUCCUAUUCUGCUCAGCUACUGAACAUUUCUUUUAUAGAAUUAAGAUUUUAGGAUGACAGCAUAUACUGUGGACAUUCCUGUCGUUUUUAUGUAUUAUAGAUGUUGAUACAGCACAAAUAUCCCUUAUUGCAAAGGACCAAGUUUAUGUUAGUUGCCAAUCUGCUUUGGCCAAUGUCUAGGUUGUCAGUAAUGAAAGUCAACUGUUCUAAUCACGUGACCGAGUUUCUUAAUAUAGAAAUGUAUUCAUUCAAAUAUUUUAUUUUUUACUGCCUUAAAGUAAAAAUGAUUUGCUAAUAUCAAAUUAUGAUGAAUGCACCUACCUGUUUGGCAAUACACAUGAUAGAUCUCUAUGGGUAUGACUAUGAUAUUGAGCACUUGCUAACAUCUCUGGAA